AGUGGGAGUUGCUCGGUCACUCUUCAUCACGUUUCCCAGACAGAGCGGUGAGGUUCGUGUCUAACUAUGGCGCAGUCGAUGUAUCUGCUGUGGGGGUCCGGAUCCCCUCCAUGCUGGCGCCUCAUGAUCACCCUGGAGGAGAAGAAACUACAGGGAUACCAACAAAAACUGCUGUCUUUUGAGAAAAUGGAGCAUAAAUCUAAAGAGGUUUUGGAAAUCAACCCCAGAGGACAGCUUCCUACCUUCAAACAUGGAGAGAAUAUAAUCAAUGAGUCUGUUGGAGCGUGUUUGUACCUGGAGAAUCAGUUCAAGUCUCAGGGCAACAAGCUGAUCCCUGACAGUCCUGCAGAACAAGCUCUGAUGUACCAACGCAUGAUGGAGGGUCUUUCCUUUCUUGAGAAAAUGGAAUCUUUUGCCUUCUACGACUUCUUCAUCCCUGAAGGAGAGCGCCUUGACUCUGCUCUGAAGAGAAACAAGGACAAUCUGGUCACUGAGCUUAAACUCUGGGAGAGCUACCUGGAGAACGUGGCUGCAGACCGCUACCUAGCAGGAGGAUUCUCCUUAGCCGAUGUUGUUGUCUUUCCAAACGUUGCCUUCGCCUUCGCUUAUGGCCUGUCUCCAGAACGAUACCCUAAACUGGCCAAGUACUACAACCUUCUGAAGGACAGACCCAGCAUCAAAGCUACUUGGCCCCCAAAGUGGUUCCUAAUCGAGCUAAAAUCUGAAUGCCUGAAGGACAUCUGAAGACAGCUGAAAAUACUGUCUUGUUUUUUGCAAUUACACAUUUAAUGAAAUAUAAUUAGUAUAAUUUGCUAGAUCACCACAUUUUCUCAUUUUCUGGAUAAUGUAUUAGGCUAGAUGUAUGAGUUUGCCAUGUAAAGUUGAAAUCAGAUGAUCAAAAAAUGUGACUAGUCACAGUUCAUUUAUUAAUAACUAAAUUGACAUCAUGUUUUGUGUGACUUGGCUACCCCUCAAUAAAUAAAUAUUUUUCCAACAUA